GUGACUGCAGGCUCCGGCGCAAAAUCCUGCGGGAGAGGGGGUGGGGCGACGGCUCCUGAGCCAGCGAGCGGUCGGCAGCCUCGUUUUGAGUCCUCAGGCUCCUCGGCGGUGGCGACUCUCGCGCGGUGGCGACUCUCGCUCGGUGUCUUCCGCGCGCACUCCGGCCGCCUCCUAGCGGCGCGGCGCUCACUCCUCCGCCUAAAAUGACGAAUGUGUGAUUUCAGUGGAAUAAAUGGCGUCUAAAGUCACGGAUGCUAUAGUUUGGUACCAAAAGAAGAUUGGAGCAUAUGAUCAACAAAUAUGGGAAAAAUCUGUUGAACAAAGAGAAAUCAAGGGGUUAAGGAAUAAACCAAAGAAAACAGCACAUGUGAAACCAGACCUCAUAGAUGUUGAUCUUGUAAGAGGAUCUGCAUUUGCUAAGGCAAAACCUGAAAGUCCGUGGACUUCACUGACCAGAAAGGGAAUUGUUCGAGUUGUGUUUUUCCCGUUUUUCUUCCGGUGGUGGUUACAAGUAACAUCAAAAUUCAUUUUUUUUUGGCUUCUUGUCCUUUAUCUUCUUCAAGUUGCCGCAAUAGUAUUAUUCUGUUCCGCUUCUAGCCCACAUAGCAUACCUCUGACUGAAGUGAUUGGGCCGAUAUGGCUGAUGCUGCUCCUGGGAACUGUGCACUGCCAGAUUGUUUCAACAAGAACACCAAAACCCCCUCUAAGCACAGGGGGUAAAAGAAGGAGAAAAUUAAGAAAAGCAGCCCACUUGGAAGUACAUAGAGAAGGAGAUGGUUCCAGUACCACCGAUAACACACAGGAGGGGGCAGUUCCGAGCCAUGGUGCAAGCGCCUCCUACCGUGUGGGCGCUGUCUUCAGAGACCUGUGGCGUGCAGCAUUCUUUUUAUCAGGAGCAAAGAAAGCAAAAAAUUCAAUUGAUAAGUCAACUGAAACUGACAAUGGCUAUGUGUCUCUUGAUGGGAAAAAAACUGUUAAAAGCAGUGAGGAUGGAGUACAAAACUAUGAGCCUGCAUGCGAAACUAUUCGGCCAGAAGAUAAAACAUGGAACACAGGGACACUGAGGAACAUUUCAAGCAAAGAUACCCAAAGGACAAUAACAAAUAUCUCUGAUGAAGUCUCCAGUGAAGACGGACCUGAAACAGGAUACCCAUUACGCCGUCAUGUGGACAGGACUGAGAGCAUGCUUCGGAAUAGAAAGUCACACCAUUAUAAGAAACAUUAUCCUAGUGAGGAUGCCCCUAAAUCUGGUACUAGUUGCAGCUCUCGCUGUUCAAGUUCCAGACAGGAUUCUGAGAGCACAAGGCCAGAAUCUGAAACAGAAGAUGUAUUAUGGGAAGACUUGUUACAUUGUGCAGAAUGCCGUUCAUCCUGUACCAGUGAGACAGAUGUGGAAAAUCCUCAGAUUAAUCCAUGUGUGAAAAAAGAAUAUAGAGACGACCCUUUUCAUCAGAGUCAUUUACCUUGGCUCCAUAGUUCCCACCCAGGAUUAGAAAAAAUAAGUGCUAUUGUAUGGGAAGGCAAUGACUGUAAGAAAGCAGACAUGUCUGUACUUGAAAUCAGUGGAAUGAUAAUGAACAGAGUAAACAGCCACAUACCAGGAAUAGGAUACCAGAUUUUUGGAAAUGCAAUUUCUCUAAUCCUGGGUUUAACACCAUUUGUUUUCCGACUAUCCCAAGCUACAGACUUAGAACAACUUACAGCACAUUCUGCUUCAGAGCUUUAUGUGAUUGCAUUUGGUUCUAAUGAAGAUGUUUUAGUUCUUUCUAUGGUUUUAAUAAGUUUUGUUGUUCGUGUGUCUCUUGUGUGGAUUUUCUUUUUUUUGCUCUGUGUAGCCGAAAGAACUUAUAAACAGCGAUUACUUUUUGCAAAACUCUUUGGACAUUUAACAUCAGCAAGGAGAGCGCGGAAAUCUGAGGUUCCUCAUUUCCGGUUGAAGAAAGUACAGAAUAUAAAAAUGUGGCUCUCUCUCCGUUCCUAUCUUAAGCGUCGAGGUCCUCAACGAUCAGUGGAUGUAAUCGUCUCAUCUGCUUUCUUGUUGACUAUCUCAGUGGUAUUUAUCUGUUGUGCCCAGUUGCUUCAUGUGCAUGAGAUCUUCCUUGAUUGUCACUACAACUGGGAGCUGGUAAUCUGGUGCAUCUCCUUAACACUUUUUCUACUAAGAUUUGUUACCCUUGGAUCAGAAACAAGUAAAAAAUACAGCAAUACCUCAAUAUUACUUACUGAACAGAUAAACCUCUACUUGAAAAUGGAGAAGAAACCUAACAAAAAAGAAGAACUGACACUAGUGAAUAAUGUCUUAAAACUGGCUACUAAACUGCUAAAGGAGUUGGACAGUCCCUUUAGACUAUAUGGGCUGACAAUGAACCCACUACUGUAUAACAUCACCCAGGUAGUCAUCCUGUCAGCUGUUUCUGGUGUGAUCAGUGACUUGCUUGGUUUUAAUUUAAAGUUAUGGAAGAUUAAGUCAUGACAGUUCAGAGAAAAGAAGAUGUAGCCUCUUUUCCAGAAUAAGACACCAACUAAGCUGCCUGAGAGCAGUCACUGACUGUGCCUCAGGAGUCUCAGCUGGCAAACUGACAUGUUUACAUCAGACUGUCUUGUGCAAUUCUUAUAUUUAUUUUACUUGUUCACUGUUUUUUACAAUUUCUUUAGUCUUUAUAUUUUGUUUUUAAGCAUAGAUAUUCUUAGAUGUUGAAAGGGUGAUAAAACUGAUACACAGAUACUUGAGAUCCUGGUAAUUGUUCAGAAAUAAUUGACAAAACAACAAAUUGUGAGACUAGAAGCCAUUGCUAAGCACUAUUUCUCCAUCAAUGCCGUGAACUUGCCUUACUUGAAGAAAACUUCAACUUUGAAUAAUGUAUUGAACUCAGCUAAAUGCAUUAAGCAUUUUCUUCAGUAAUCAAGAUCCAGUCAGGGUUUCCCUUGAAUUAUUUUGAAACAAUGCCAGGAUCUAAACUGAUUAAGCUGCAGUUUAAGCACCCUUCAGUAUUAAUAUAUAUGGUAUUACAUAAUAGGUCAACAAGUGCUCUUUGAUGAUAAAACUCUUAAUAGAGCAAUAAUUGUAAAUGGUUACCAUACUGUAAGAUAUUUUGAUAAAAACUAAAUAGUAAUAAUUGUAUUUAUUUGAAAACACUGGGCUGUUUGCACAGCUCCAACUGUGCAUGCUCAAAAUGUGCACUUUUUAAAACUGUUACUUUCAAUAAGUAUCUUUACAUGGGAUAUGUUAAAUAGUGUACUAGGGCAUGAUAUGGUAUCCUUUUGAGUGGGUUAUAUAUACUCAUCUCACAAGUGAAGUGCCUAUUGAUAUUACUAAAGUACAUUUUUACUCAAGUAAAAUAAUUUUCUCCCCAUGGUACACUAUAGUGUAUGCUAUUCAUACUACACACAAAACAACUUCAGAGUAAGGUGAGACCCAAUAAGCUAUCCUAAUUGCCAGUUAUAAAACUUGACAAAUUUUCAGAAGCAGCAGCUUCUGAAUUUAUCCUCUAAACUUAAUCUGAUAGAUGCUCCCGCCCCCUCUUCCAUUACAUAAGGGCUAUUUUAGAUGCUUUUAACAUGAAAAGUUAACCCACAGAUAAUUUGCCAAGUAUCGAAACAAGAACCUGGCAUGUUAGUAAAUAGGGCAAAUAUGAUGGUACCUUAACAUUGGGUCUUGAUUUUAAGUAGUUGUAUUUGUACAAUCAAGAAUAUUUUAGGAAUUAGAUGAAACAUGAAAUGUUUUUCAUGGUUUUUUUUUUUUUAAACUGGGCCUCUAGUUUUUAAAACAGAACUUAUUUGAAACAAUCUAGAAUUUUCUUGGUGUAAGGUGCAUCAUGUUGAAUAUCCUCACAUUUUUUACCAUGUUUUAAAAAAUUUAAAAGUAAUUAAUUGUAAACGAUUGCUUUGAUUGGUGCAGUUCUGGUACCCAAGUUAUAAUCCUAAGAUCAGGAAUGUGUAGAGAAUAGAGCCAUGUUCAUACUAAUCACUUUGUUCUUACCAUUCCUUUUGAUCAGCCUCAAUUCAGCCUCAUUGUGUAGUGUAUUUUCUUUCUGUAGAAAACAACAUAAAGUAUUAUUUGCCUAUGUUUCUAAUAUGUUUAAUGAUGACCAAAGUGCAUUCUGAGUUUUUUCAAGGAAUGUAUUACUGGAGCUUUAAGAACAUACUUAUUUUCUCAUGUAAAAAAUUAGGCUAUGUCUGAUAUGUUUCUUCCUCUAUUGUCUAAAAUACUGAGGUUGUUUUUAGGAGUUAUAUUUUAUAAACUUUCAAAAUAAGGUACAUACCUAUACAGAACUUAUCAUUUUGCACAGAAUAUAUUAAAUAUAUUUUGACAGGAAAGUACAGCAUGAAUUCUGUUAUGAAUAAGAAAAUUAUUGUAUUGCACCAAAAAAAAACAACUUAUUUCAGAAUGGAAAUAUUUUUGAGGAAAGAAGCUAAGUAUAAGGAUUUAGAAAAAUACUUGGUUUGAAGUUCAUUUUAAUGUGAGUUGGGAGUUGAUUUAUUAAGGAGUAUACCUCUCAACAACUUACUCUGUUGGAUUAUGUCACUAAUAGGAAGAGCAGUAAAGUACUAAAUGGAAAAAGUUGUCAUUUUAAGCAAUUUCAGAACAUUAAUGGAAUCUUAUAAAGCAGAAAAAUUGACAUUGCUGCAUUUAAGAAUACCAUGAAUGUGAGAAAUUGAGAGCAGUUGUAACAUGUCUCAUAAUAUAGAAGAGGCAGCUCAAAGAACUGUGGCAGAUGUAUGUUACUCUUGUUCCUUUGCCACAUGUAUUGUAUUUGAAAGUUUGGACAGCAAGUUUAAAAUAAAAUAUUCUAUGAC